GAAUGAUGCAUGAGUUGGACUUUCUUCGAAAAUAUAUUUUUUUCUGGAACUAUUUUCGUUGAACCAUUUCUCUUUUUUUCUUUUACAGCUCUCAGGGAUAAGCCAGAUCGGCGAUCUGUUGAGCUAAUUUUCUUUUAGUAGAUUAAGAGUUUCAGUAUUUGAAUUGAUAAGUGUGUGCUUGGAUUUUCAUUGAAGAAAAAUGGGGGUAAUGUCAAGACGGGUUGUGCCCGCUUGCGGUAACCUCUGUUUCUUCUGCCCUUCGAUGCGUGCAAGGUCAAGACAACCUGUUAAAAGAUACAAGAAGUUGCUAGCUGAAAUUUUCCCCCGAAAUCAGGAUGCAGAACCAAACGAUAGGAAAAUUGGGAAGCUCUGUGAAUAUGCUUCGAGGAACCCAUUAAGAAUACCAAAGAUUACAAGUAACCUAGAGCAAAGAUGUUUCAAGGAUUUACGGAAUGAGAACUUUGGAUGUGUGAAAGCCGUAUUGUGCAUUUAUAGAAAACUGCUAUCGUCAUGCAAGGAGCAGAUGCCACUUUUUGCUAGUAGUUUAUUAGGGAUCAUUCGGGCUCUUUUGGAACAAAACCGACAGGAUGAAAUGCGAAUUUUGGGUUGCAAUGCUCUUGUAGAUUUCAUAAAUAGUCAGAUGGAUGGCACACAUAUGUUCCAAUUAGAGGGCCUUAUUCCUAAACUUUGUCAACUGGCUCAAGAAUAUGGAGAUGAUGACAGAGCUUUGCAUUUACGUUCAUCAGGAUUGCAAGUUCUGGCUUCCAUGGUCUGCUUCAUGGGUGAACACUCUCAUAUAUCAAUGGACUUCGAUAGUAUCAUAUCAGUGACCUUGGAGAACUACAUGGAUAUCCAAAUGUCCCCUGUCAAUGGAAGUAAAGUGGGUGAAAAUGGUUCAUCCGUCCUAGAUAUCGAUGAGAAGUCAUUGUCUGUACCAAACCUUGUAAUUAACCCAGACUUUGAUCCAACCAUGGAUACUUCCAAAAGUCCAUCUUAUUGGGCAAGGGUUAUAUUGAGUAAUAUAGCCAGAUUGGCAAAAGAAGCAACAACUAUCCGGCGAGUUCUUGAACCUCUUUUUCAUAAUUUUGAUGCUGAAAAUCACUGGUCCAAAGAGAAAGGAGUUGCUUUUUCUCUUUUAAUAUACUUGCAGUUGCUAAUUGAAGAAACAGGAGAAAAAUCUGAUCAACUAUUGGCUAUCUUGGUGAAGCACAUGGAGCAUAAGAAUGUAGCCAAGCAACCUCAUAUACAAGUUAACAUUGUCAAUGUCAUAACUCAGCUUGCACAAAAUGCAAAGCUUCAGCCCUCAAUGGCAAUCAUUGGUACAAUAGCUGACUUGAUGAAGCAUUUACGAAAGUGCCUUCAAAAUUCAGCUGAACUAUCAAGUUCUGGGGGUGAUAUUGAUAAAUAUAACACUGAUCUUCUGUUGGCCUUAGAAAAGUGUAUCUCACAGCUCUCAAAUAAGGUUGGGGAUGUGGGACCAAUUCUUGAUAUGAUGGCUGUGGUACUAGAGAAUAUUUCGACCAACAAUAUUGUUGCAAGAUCAACUAUCUCUUCUGUUCAUCGAACCGCAAAUAUCAUUUCUUCCAUCCCAAACAUAUCAUAUCAUAAAAAGACCUUCCCUGAUGCUCUAUUUCACCAGUUGCUCCUUGCAAUGUCCCAUCCAGACCAUGAAACUCGAGUUGGGGCACACAGCAUUUUCUCCAUUGUGCUUAUGCCAUCCUUGCUUUCGCCUUCAUCAGAACAAAAUAAAAAAAUUGCUGAAACUGUUUCUUCUGACUUAUCAGUUGGUGCAUCUGUGAAGGUAAGAAGUCACAGCUUUGCCUUUCAGGAUGAAGGUAAAGAACAAACAGAAAGACUAAAAGAAAAUGGAAAUGAAGGAUCAAUAAUCUAUCAGUUCCAUGGGAAUUCAUUUAGUUUCAAGCAUGCUCUGGGUGAUAGAAAAAUGCUUACUUCCCUUCGAUUAAGCAGCCAUCAAGUGAGUCUUCUUCUUUCAUCGAUAUGGGUCCAGGCGAAUUCCACCGAUAAUACCCCUGCAAAUUUUGAGGCUAUGGCCCAUUCAUUUUAUCUUGCAGUAUUGUUUACCCGAUCCAAGACCUCCAGUCACAUGGCCCUAGUUCGGAGUUUUCAGUUGGCAUUCUCCUUGAGGAGCAUCUCUCUGGAUCAAGAAGGAGGUUUGCAACCGUCUCGCAGAAGGUCUCUCUUUACCUUGGCAUCCUACAUGCUUAUUUUCUCAGCCAGGGCAGGCGAUCUUCCAGAGUUAAUUCCUAUUGUUAAAGCAUCUCUGACAGAUAAAAUAGUUGAUCCUUACCUCAAAUUAGUUGAGGAUGUGAGACUCCAGGCUGUGCGUGUGAAAUCUGAUGUGGACAGUGUAGCAUAUGGAUCAAAGGAAGAUGAUGCUGCUGCAUCAAAAGCUCUCUUGGCAAUAGAGCUAGAUGAUCUUCAUUUGAAGGAGACUGUCAUUUCCCAUUUCAUGAUUAAGUUUGACAAAUUGUCGGAGGAUGAAUUAUCAAGUAUUAAGAAACAAAUUCUUGAGGGCUUUUCACCAGAUGAUGCAUACCCAUUUGGUGCUCCAUUGUUUAUGGAGACCCCAAGACCAUGUUCCCCACUUGCGCAGAUGGAGUUUCUGGCAUUUGAAGAGAUUAUGCCACUUGCUGCAAUAACUGAUGAUGAAGCCUUUCCUGAAGGCAAUGGAAGUCAAUCAGGUCGCAAAGCAUCACUAUCUCUCAGUACACUAGAUGUGCUAAGUGUCAAUGAACUUUUGGAUUCGGUUCUGGAAACAGCGCGACAAGUAGCAAGCUUUUCAGUUUCGCCUACACCCAUUCCUUAUGAACAAAUGAGGAGUCAGUGUGAAGCUCUUAUAAUAGGUAAACAGCAGAAGAUGUCGGUGAUUCAUAGCUUCAAGCAUCAACAGGAAGCCAAGGCAACCUUUGAGGAAAAUGGAAAGGAGGUCCUCUGUUUACCGAAUGUGAAAGUGGAGUUUUCAGAAGAUCUCAAGUUGAUUAGCAACGAGCAAGUUCAUGCAAGGGGACAACUUGCUGUCUGUUCAUUGGAGUAUGGACAACAUUCAUUCAAAUUACCGCCAUCAAGUCCCUAUGACAAGUUCUUGAAAGCAGCUGGAUGCUAAAAAGGAAGUGGAGUUUUCAGAAGAUCUGAAGUUAAUUAGUAAGCAACAUUUUUUCAGGAUACUACCAUCAAGCCCAUAUGAUAAGUUCCUUGAAAGCAGCCGGAUGCUAGAGGUUGGAGACGUUUCAUACAUGCAUAUAUUCAUAUUAUAUGUAAUAAUCCAGACAAUUGUCAAUUCCUUCAAUUUUUUGUGUAUCCAUGGAAGCUUAUUCUAUGCGAUUCUCCCCAUUGCACCAAAAACAGAGGUAGGAUGGGCGUCAUAUACUAGAGUAUAGUUUGAACAUGUUUCUUUUCUUUUGUUUUUGUUUUUCCUUUUUGUAUAUUGUUUUAUAGUAACUUGUACAAGAGAGCAUUGUAGGGCAAAGAUAAUUCUUUUGUAUGACAUUUCCAUGAUAAUGUAACUUUUGGUUUAUCCUC